CUACCGAGGAGAAACCAACCAGCGUCCAUAGUCUCACUAGGCAACCCAUCGCUUUUGUUCAUUCCAACGGAAUCAAUCAAUUGGUUGAUUGUUUCACUGAUUUGCGCUUGGCUUCAUCCGCGGGAGCACCGACAACGGAACGCAAGGCAACAGAACGCAACACACCCCACUACUUCUACCACCGCACCCCCUUCCCCGCCGCAAAGAAAAGAACGGCAAGACAAACCAACACCGGCACGAUGCCCCGGUUCUUUGACGACUACUCCAACACAUACCUUACGCACGACAGUGCCGCCGGCCGGAAGCAGCAGCGCCGGGGAUGGAAGUUCCGCGAGAACUUCAAGCUGCACUACCAGAAGCACGUCGUCGAGUGGCAGAAGGGCGAGAUGGGCCUGGCCUCGGCCCAGCAGGCCUUUGUCCGGGCCCGGGGGGCCGACGAUCCCUCGAUCCCCCCCCUCCCGGACGGCUGGAAGGAGGACACGGACGAGUGCACCGGGAUCUCCUUCUUUUUCAACGAAAAAACGGGCGACCGGACCUGGGUCCGCCCGGGCUUCAUCCCGCCGCCCCCGGGGGGAGGGAUGAAGCGUGGCCCCCCUCCGAUGAUGGGCCACCGGGGAGGAGGAGGAAUGGGAAUGAACCGGUUCGGCGGCCACCACCGCGGGGGGAACAACCCGGGCUUUCACCGGGGGGGACCGCCCCCUCCCUACAACCACCACCAGCAACAGGCACCGCCACAACCACCACACCAGCAGCAGCAGCAGCGCUAUCCCCCCCGGCCGGGAGGGCCACCGCCCCCGCCCUCCAUGGGAAACCGGCCCCCGCCGUUUUUUGGUGCGCCUCCGCCCGGGCAGCAACCGCAGCAGCCGCCGCCUCCCGGGGCGUCCUUUGGGCAGCAGCCACCGCCGAUGCCCCACCACCGGGGGCCGCCCCCGCCCUUUCCGCAGGGAGGGCAGCAGCUCCCGCGGCCGCCGCCCCCCCACGGGUUCCAGAGGCCCCCCGGCUACGGGUAGGCCCAGGCCGUGGGCGCGAAGGGUUCCCCGCCCCUGCGAACGGGCCCUGCCGGUGGUUCGAUCGUGGUCCGCCUUGGUCCGCCGUGGUUUGUUAGAGAAAAAGUACGAUACACAACGCCUUCGGCCUAUUUUUUUAAGAAUUGUU